CAUGAUUACAGUUCCGGAUGGGAACCAGGAUACCCGAACACAGUUACUUCCUGUUAAUUUUAAUUGAACGUGGAUGUUCUGCUGAUCUGACGCUAGUUAAAUUAAAGAAAAAACAACAGACUCAGCACGGCAGCACACAUGUAUGUGAGCUGAGAGUACAGCUGAAGUCCAAAUAAUUACUACCUCCGCAUUAUAGUAUAUGAUGUUUAAGACAAGCUAAUUAAGCUAUAUUUUGUCUAAAUAGCUUUGCCCUAAGCGUCAUAUAUUUACCCCUUCUCCUUGAUAUCUUUGAUGGAGACUCAUCACACGUUCGUUUCUCGCAUUUCCAUGGCCAUACGCCUUACAAGUUUUUAUGCUCAAGUAUCAGGAAUAUAAUAUCCUGAACAACCGAAGCGCAGGCAAUGAACCACCGUUGCCGUUAAUUCCGAGUUGCUAGCUGAACACAUUCAUAUGUGUUCAGCAAUCUCUAUCAACAGAAAGUACACGGAGUUUCUCAUCUGCCCAACAGAAAACGCAGAGCACAUAAACAAUAACGAAAAUAACAGCGAGCAAACAGUUCCAUGCUACCAGCAUCUUCCCUAUAUUAAGAGCAACAUUUCAAGUCGCUCUCAUCAAACAGCAAAACAAACCACCAAGUGCCAUCAGCAGACAGACAGAUUGGAAGAAGCAGCAUUGCUUCUUCUGAACAAAUGGCUAACAAAUCAUCCCUGCUACAGCUGCUGCUCAUCGCAGCAGUUGCUUCGCAAUUCGUCAGUUCACAAGCCGGUAGCAUUGCUAUCUACUGGGGCCAGAACAACGGGGAGGGCACACUGGCAGACACCUGCGCCACUGGCAACUACAAGUUCGUCAACAUCGCCUUCCUCGCGGCCUUCGGCAAUGGCCAGCCACCAGUCUUCAACCUGGCAGGCCACUGUGACCCAACCAAUGGCGGUUGCGCCAGCCAGAGCUCCGACAUCAAGUCGUGCCAGAGCCGCGGAGUCAAGAUCAUGCUCUCCAUAGGCGGAGGGGCAGGAAGCUACUACCUUUCAUCAUCAGAGGAUGCCAAGAAUGUCGCAACAUACCUGUGGAACAACUUCCUGGGAGGCCAGUCAUCUUCUCGCCCUCUAGGUGACGCGGUCCUUGACGGCAUUGACUUCGACAUUGAGGGCGGCACCAACCAGCACUGGGAUGAUCUUGCCAGGUACCUGAAAGGGUACAGUAACUCUGGAAGGAGGGUAUACCUGACGGCUGCGCCGCAGUGCCCAUUCCCUGAUGCCUGCAUCGGUGAUGCUCUAAACACUGGCCUCUUCGACUAUGUCUGGGUGCAGUUCUACAACAACCCUCCCUGCCAGUACAGUUCAGGCAGCACCUCUAAUCUUGCUGAUGCAUGGAAGCAGUGGCUUUCAGUCCCAGCAAAGCAGAUUUUUCUUGGCCUUCCUGCAUCUCCCCAGGCGGCUGGGAGCGGUUUCAUCCCAGCAGAUGAUCUCAAGUCACAGGUGCUUCCAGUGAUCAAGAGCUCAGGGAAAUACGGAGGCAUCAUGCUGUGGUCCAAGUACUACGAUGACCAAGAUGACUAUAGCUCUUCAGUGAAGAGCGAUGUUUAAGCAUCUUGGCUGUUGAUUCUUAUGUGGAAAUAUCUGUGUUCUACUUUGUAUCUGAUGUGAUCCAUUAUUAUGUGCUACUAUGAUUUCAAUAAUAUCGCUUGCAGAUUGGAUUUUUCA